AUGAUCGCGCUUGGGAUCUUCAUUCUGAGCGUCCUACUGGUUGCGAUUCCAGUGACACCUGUCCCACUACCCGCCCACGGCGUGAGACGAAACCACGACCUGUCUAGUGACCCAACUAUUUCUGUCGAUUCAAGCGCGAAACACGGUCGACUCCACCGACAUCGCCGGAUGCGUGUUACACGUAGGUAG